CCAGGCCAGAAGCGGCUACGUCUCCUUCGCUCCGCCGCCUGCUCUCGGGACCUGGCAGCGAAGGGAGGAGCAGCAGCAGCAGCAACGCUGCGAGCAGUCGCUGUUGUCGUGGCUGUCGCCGCCGCCGCCGCCGCCUGGGGGAACGGUCUCGCUGGGUUCGGCAGGUCUUCAUAUGAUGCCUCUUCUAUUAUGGCCAACGACACUUUGGAGGGUUUUCAUGAAGUGAAUCUAGCCUCGCCCACUACACCAGAUCUUCUGGGCGUGUAUGAAUCAAAGACUUCUGAACAAUCUACCUCUCCUACCGUCAUCUACCGGCUUCACCCCUCAGCUGUCUGCUCCACACCUAUUCAACCAAGUGCCCUGAACGUUUCUGAUCUCCCUACACAACCUGUCUAUUCCUCUCCCAGACAUCUAAAUUGUGCAGAAACAUCAGGCAUCAGCAUCAAUGUUACGGAAACUGUCCCUUGUUCUACCUCUGGACCCCUGGGUGGGUCAUCCAAACAUAAUUCCAGAAAGGAAAGCAGUAAUGCAGAGAGAGAAUUUUUGCAGGGUGCAACAUUAACGGACUAUUCUGAAGGGAGUGAUGAUGUCUUGGGGCUGAGCACAGAUAGCCUGUCUCAUCUGCGGAGCCCUUCUGUAUUGGAAGUGAGAGAGAAGGGUUAUGAAAGAUUGAAAGAGGAACUUGCUAAAGCUCAGAGGGAGCUGAAACUAAAAGAUGAAGAAUGUGAAAGACUUUCUAAAGUGCGUGACCAACUUGGGCAGGAAUUGGAAGAACUAACUGCUAGUCUGUUUGAGGAAGCACACAAAAUGGUGAGAGAAGCUAACAUAAAGCAAGCCACAGCUGAAAAACAAUUGAAAGAAGCACAAGGAAAAAUUGAUGUCCUUCAAGCUGAAGUAGCAGCCCUGAAAACAUUAGUGCUGUCCACUUCUCCAACCUCACCAACAAAAGAGCUGCAAUCUAGUGGGAAAACUCCCUUCAAAAAAGGACAUACAAGGAAUAAGAGUACAAGUAGUGCAAUGGGUGUCGGUAACCAGGAUCUCACCAUGAUGCAACCAAUUGUGAAAGACUGCAAAGAGGCUGAUCUAGCUCUGUAUAAUGAAUUCAGAUCCUGGAAGGAUGAACCCACAAUGGACAGGACAUGCCCUUUCCUGGAUAAAAUAUAUCAGGAAGAUAUCUUUCCAUGUUUAACAUUCUCAAAAAGUGAGUUGGCAUCUGCUGUCCUGGAGUCUGUGGAAAACAAUACAUUAAGCAUUGAACCCGUUGGUCUGCAGCCUGUUCGAUUUGUAAAAGCAUCUGCAGUUGAAUGUGGAGGACCAAAGAAAUGUGCUCUCAGUGGACAAAGUAAAACAUGCAAGCAUAGAAUCAAGUUGGGGGAUUCAAGCAACUAUUACUACAUUUCUCCUUUUUGUAGGUACAGGAUCACAUCUGUAUGUAACUUCUUUACAUACAUCCGGUAUAUUCAGCAGGGGCUUGUAAAGCAGCAAGAUGUGGAUCAGAUGUUCUGGGAGGUUAUGCAACUAAGGAAAGAGAUGUCAUUAGCAAAACUUGGAUACUACAAGGAAGAGCUGUAACUUCUAUACUUGAGUGCUCGCAUGAACUUCCAUAAGUGUACAUAUCUUCAGAAUGGUUGAAAAUGCUUGUCACUUGAUAUUUAUUUCAAAGAGGGUCCAAGGUUUCUCCUUUUGUGCAAAUUGCACUAUGUACUCUUGUAGUUCAAUGAAAUGACCUUAUGUAUGGGUGAACAGCAGCAUAGCUCCGUUUAAAACAAAGGCAAGAAGAUUUUUACGUGUAUUAGUGGUUUGUAAUUUACAGUUGAGAAAUGCAGUUUAAAUAAAUGCUAUUCCAGA